AUGGAUUUUAUAAAAAGAUUUAAAAAACACAAUUUAAAAAUAUUGAAGACAAUAGGAAAAGGAACUUAUGGAAAUGUAUAUUUAUGCGAAAAACAAAAAGACAAUACGCUAACAAUAGUAAAAGAUAUAGAGUUAAAUAUAAAGUUACAGGAUCACAAGCAGGACAUAGCAAAUGAAGUGAAAAUUCUAUCAAAAAUGAAUCAUCCAAAUAUUAUUAAGUUUUAUUAUUGUUAUUACAUCGAUAACAAUGUAAUGAUAUCUAUGGAGUAUGCAACUAGCGGGAAUCUAGCCGAAUAUAUGUAUCAAUGGUGUCCAAAAUUAAUAAAACAACAGAUGAUCCUGUUUUACUUUUGUCAAGUUCUAUUAGGAGUUAAUUAUAUCCAUCAACUAGAUAUUAUUCACAGAGAUUUGAAAGCAGAAAAUAUUUUAUUGACUGGAAAAAAAGGAGUUAUUGUUAAGAUAGGCGACUUCGGUAUAUCAAAGAUGUUAGCUAGUGCAAAAAAGACGUCUACGGUUAUUGGCACACCUUACUACUUAGCGCCUGAAUUGUGUGAAGGAAAGCCUUAUGAUACCAAAAGUGACAUAUGGGCUUUAGGUUGUCUGCUAUAUGAAAUGUGCACUCAUAAAAGAGCUUUUGAAUCUGAGACUUUAGUUGGAUUAAUUAAGGCGAUCACAAGUGGCAGUGUGCAUCCCAUAGACUUGACGAUUUAUGACAGAGGUCUCCAAGAUCUUAUAGAUUCUAUGUUAUCUAUUUUACCUGACAAAAGGCCGACGAUUAAAGAACUGAUUGGACGAAGAAUUUUAUUACCAAUGACAUAUUCAGUAUGUUUAGACGCUGGCAAUGAUGAACUAUUAAGUAUUAUGUUUGAGAAAUUCUAA